AUCCGCAUCAACAGAGAGGGCACCAAAAUGGUGUACGUGUCUAAUGGUCAGGUUCUGGACAGCAGAACCCAGUCACCAUGGAGAUUAUCUUUCCUUAGCGACCUCUUCUGGGGCGUUGUGGAAUUUGUCGGUUUGUUUUUUCAGACGCUUGUUCAGCCAGACCUCUCCAGAAAUGGCAACUCCAACUCAUCGUCACGCUUCAGUGAUGGCAGAGGGCCUCCUGGUCUCCCCGGUGGAAGAAGGCGAAUAGGGAGGAUAAACCACGGUGGAGGGCCCAGUGCUCCCCCCAUGGGCGGAGGAGGAUGAGGACGGUGA